UAGGAUCAGACCUACUGGUGCUCUCGUGGUUUAAGUUAAACCGGUACGGUUUAGCGGAAACAACCAUACUGUGGAUAUAGCAAUAAUCUGGAAAAAAAAAUUCCCGAAUUUAACACAAGUAAUACGACGCUGGAGGAGUGCAAGCGAGAACUGUACUAAAUAAUUACGGCUGGAUUAUAAAACUUUGGCAAAAGGGGAUAUUUUGAAACACCUGGAAACUUGGCCAUUUACCCAGGCAAAGUGCGAGGAGCGUUUAUAUCAAAUUAUCCCUGCAUCAUGUAAGGUCGCAAACUGGAAAAUGUGCCAACGGUGUGGCAUGAAGCCGCAUCUAUUUCACAUAUAAGACAGAAGGUUGGACGUGCCACCGGAACUUUAAGGGUUUUACUUCGGAAAAAAUGAUUUCCAGAAGCAUCUGAAAUUGGAAAGAAUACCUGUAUUAACAACAUAAAUAUUUGGAUUACAUUUUAAUUGAUAUUUGACCCUACAUCGUGUCAGAAGAUGCCCCGGCCCGGCUUUCUCUCCGCGGCAUCCCUCUGCUGCGUCCUGCAUUGCCUGCUCCUGCUGCUCUUUGCACAGGUCCCCUGGCAGGCGCUCGCCGCCUCCAAGGACAUCGUGUGUGAGCCCAUCACCGUGCCCAUGUGCAAGGGCAUUGGCUACAACCUCACUUACAUGCCGAAUCAGUUUAACCACGAUACGCAGGAGGAGGUGGGCCUGGAGGUGCACCAGUUCUGGCCACUUGUGCGAAUCCGCUGCUCCCCGGACAUGCUCUUCUUCCUCUGCAGCAUGUACACUCCCAUUUGCCUGCCUGACUACAAGAAGCCCCUGCCCCCCUGCCGCUCGGUGUGCGAGCGGGCCAAGCGGGGCUGCUCACCGCUCAUGAGCCAGUACGGCUUCGAAUGGCCCGAGCGAAUGAACUGCGAACAACUGCCAGUGCUGGGCGACACCGAGAAACUCUGCAUGGACCAGAACAGCAGUGAGAGCACCACCCUCUCCCCGCUUUUCCAGAAGCCCACCCCCAAGGGGCUUCCACGCCGCAGGCCCCCGGCAACGCAGGAGUGUGACCGCGAGUGCCGCUGCCGGGAUCCCCUGGUGCCAAUCAGACCCGAGGCUCGUCUGCUGUACAACCGCGUGCGGACCGGGCCCCUGGCCAACUGUGCACUGCCCUGCCACCAGCCCUACUUCUCCCAGGACGAGCGUGCCUUCACCACCUUCUGGAUCGGCCUGUGGUCCGUCCUCUGCUUCAUCUCCACCCUCACCACGGUGGCCACCUUCCUCAUCGACAUGGAGCGCUUCAAGUACCCCGAGCGGCCGAUCAUCUUCCUGGCCGCCUGCUACCUCUUCGUGUCUCUGGGCUACAUCGUGCGCCUGGUGGCCGGUCACGAGCGCGUGGCCUGUGGGGCGGAGCAUCAGCACAUCCUCUACGACACCACCGGCCCGGCGCUCUGCACGCUCGUCUUCCUGCUCGUCUACUUCUUUGGCAUGGCCAGCUCUAUCUGGUGGGUGGUCCUGUCCUUAACCUGGUUUCUGGCGGCCGGCAUGAAAUGGGGCAACGAGGCCAUCGCUGGCUACUCGCAGUACUUCCACCUGGCCGCCUGGCUCGUGCCCAGUGUGAAGUCCAUCGUGGUGCUGGCCCUCAGCUCUGUGGACGGCGAUCCGGUGGCUGGCAUCUGCUACGUGGGCAACCAAAAUCUCAAUAACCUCCGUGGAUUCGUACUGGCGCCCCUGGUGGUGUACCUCGUCAUCGGGUCUCUCUUCCUGCUCGCCGGCUUUGUGUCUCUCUUCCGCAUCCGCAGCGUCAUCAAGCAGGGCGGCACCAAGACGGACAAGCUGGAGAAGCUGAUGAUCCGCAUCGGCCUGUUCACGGUGCUCUACACGGUGCCCGCCACCAUGGUGGUGGCCUGCCUGGUGUAUGAGCAGCACUACCGGCCUGCCUGGGAGAGGGCGCUGGGCUGCUCCUGCGCCGCUGAGCGGCAGCGUCAUGGCCCGGAUUACGCCGUGUUCAUGCUAAAGUACUUUAUGUGCCUGGUGGUAGGCAUCACGUCCGGGGUGUGGAUCUGGUCCGGGAAGACCCUGGAGUCUUGGCGCAAGUUCACCGCUCACUGCCACCCCUGCCGUAGUCGUAAAACCACUGGCGCCUCCAUGUACAGUGAAGCGAGCGCGGCACUGACAGCCCGGGCCGGCAGUGCCGGACUGGGGGCCUAUCACAAGCCCACGCCUCUGUCGCACGUGUGACCUUGGCUCACCUCAAGCCAGAUGGUCUUGGACUACAGACAUUUCCGAUCCCCAUUGACAUUCCUAUUUUUGAUUUAAAACAAAAAAUGUGUGGAGAGGUGGAAAGAAUAAUUUAUUUCCUGUGUUGUAAAUACCACAUUUAUCCUUUAACUUUCCUCUAGCGUCUAACUGGGACUACGGACACAAAAGUGCCGGAAUGAACACUGACUGAGGAAACUAACUGAAGGGGGGACAAAAGAGACAGAUACUGUUUUGGUUACUGAAAUGCAAAUAUGGCUAAGUGUUUGUAUUGCUGUGUGAUUUGAAUUUGCUGCUUUGGUGUACUACUUAAUUAAAAUUAGCCUUUAGAAUUAGGAGCGACCGUGUGCCAAAUGUAGAGGAAGUCCUUCAAAAGCGAAUGCUUCAGUGACAACAGAUUGGAGAAUAAAUAUAAUCAUAAAACAGUUGGGGGGAAAAAAUCCAUCAUCCAUCAUAAUGGACUUAUUUAUUUAUAUAUAUAUUUUUUUUCUUUAUGAUCUGAGAUCACUGUACUCUGGAUAUAGGAACUCAUGUAAUUAAUGGGUCCAGGGAUGGAAGCAGCUGACUGUCCUGCUUGUGACGUACAGGGCUGAUUCUCUCUUGAAUCCUUUACUCCAUGUUCAGCUUCAUGCUCCUCAAGAUGCUAGAUCGCCUUUGGGGGCUGAACUUGGUCUUGUGUACAGUUCCCAUUUAGCUAUAUCCUUUUGUCCUUGUGCUUGCCUUUUUGAACAUUUGUCUGGUGUAAAAGAGGCCAUAGGACAAUGAAUUGUUUGUGUGUGUGUGUGUGUGUGAAUGAUUGUAUGUAUAUCUGUGCAGGAUAAUUUCACUCAAUUUCCUGGGCUAUAGUGCAUCUCAUCAUAAUGCAGUUCCAGUAUGAAUCUGAUGGUCGGGUAGAUUACAGGAAAUAGGGAUGCAUCAUCUCAAAAUGCCAGCCUCUUAGUGUGAGACACUGCCCAGGAAAGUCACCACAGUUCAGUUAUUUGGGUAACGAAAGCAGGGGAGAUGUUCACCUACUAAAUGCUACCGUUUAAUGGCCUCUUUCUGUUCAACCUGGAGUUGGUAAAUAUGGGUGAACAGACUCAAUUUCUCAUUGGCCAUUUGUACGUUCAUCCCCAUAAUAUUUAAUUCAUAAUAUUUGUAAAUGUGGAGCACUUCUUCAUGUAUAGCACAUUGAAAUUCACUUGUAAUUUUUUUAUAAUUGAAAAAAAAAACAUAUUGUGUUUUAUUAUGGUUAUGGAGAAGUUUCCGUAAGCUCCUUUUAGGUUUCUGAAAUUUCCUGGUUAGUGCAGAUGUACAUCAGUGUUCAGCGGCUUUGUCAGAUCUUUGGUUGUUUUUUUUCCCCUCUUAUCCGGGAAUGAUUUUGCUUCCCCCUAGUGGUGUAUCAUGCUCGUUACAACCCUAUCCCAGUCGUCUUUACCGUUUUAUUAUAACCACGUAGGUCUGUGGAAGGUUUUAAAAGGUGAACAAAAUCAAUAUAUUAUUGCACAACCACGCUUUUCCAGUUUUAUGGUACUUGACUCUUACACUGUGUGUAUAGCUUUAGUAAAUGUAGUACCUCUUCUGGACUUUUCCCCAAGUCUUAUUUUACAAUAAACUGGUCUGCUUACUGGUUUCAGGCUAGUUUACUAGUGCCACCUUGGAUGGUUUUACUGGAUUUAAUUGAAUAGUAAAAUAUUGACGAGACAACAACGAACUUGACUUGGGGCAGAGUCCGACUAUGCAACAAAGGAUUUAAGGUGCUUCACAAUCUCUAGAUGGCCAGCUCUGACACGAUACUGGGCACUCUGAGUAUGUCAGUAAUGCCUUUUCACAUGGCAGAAAACAUCAAAUCAAUUUGAUUCCAGCAGAGUUAUAGCUGGAACCGCGAAAAAAUUGAAAAACCCCCAGUAGCAAUCCACUCUCUGUCCAGUCUGUCUUAGUGAGAUCCUGUGAAAUGUUUCUGUUUAGUGUGUAAUAUUUUUUCGGCCCUCAGUAUUGUACACCAGUGUAUUAAUCAUUGUUAAUAGGUUAUAAUCUUACUUGUGAGCAUUUCGUUGCCUGAAAGAAUGUGAUUUUUUCCCCCCUCCACAUAUUUCUGAGGAACUGCUGUAAAUAGUCCAUACUGCAGUUUUGCAAGCUGAUUUUUGAGAAUGUCAUUCACAUGCUGAGAUGUUAAGGAUUUUAGAUAUUUAUGAUACUUCUAAACAUUUGCCAAAAGUACUGUUUUAUUAACACUUCUGAUUUUGGUAGAGAAUAAAAUGUGGUGCAGUCUGUGAACCAAA